AUCGCUGGAUUUUUUGUUUUUAUUUUUUUAUGCGAGUAUAAAAGGAGGGAUAGGGAAGAUAGAUAUGGCGUUGGCGCUCGAUCUCUUCUCCUCGUGUGAGCGAUGCUUCUCCAGCAGAGCUUGCGCAGCCUGUGCGGCAAGAGCGGCUGGUGCUACGCGGUGUUCUGGCGCCUCAAGCGCCGCAAUCGCAUGGUUCUUACUUGGGAGGAUGCCUACUGCGAUUACUCCGCAGCGGCGGCCGCCAGUGCCGCCGCCGCCGCCGCCGCCGCUGCUGCUGGAGGAAAUCCUCUCGAUCGAGCGGCAAACUCUGGCGCUCCGGGGACGAGUUCUUUUUCUCACGAUCAGAUUGGCUUGGCGGUGGCCAAGAUGUGCUACCACGUCUAUUCCUUGGGCGAAGGGAUAAUUGGUCGUGUGGCUUUCACACAGAAGCACCAAUGGGUCUUUGGACGAGUGGACGGAACGUUACAUGAAAAGUACCCGGCUGGAUGGGCGAGCCAAUUUGCUGCAGGGAUUCAAACAAUAGCUGUUAUAUCCGUGCCGCAGGGUGUUGUUCAGCUGGGAUCUACGCAGAGAAUCAUGGAAGACUUGGAAAUGGUUUCGCACGUCAGGACUAUGUUUUGCACGCUUCAAAGGGUGCCUGGAGCAUUUUUCCCUGACUACGUGAAUGCCCAAGCAGCAACUCAAGGAGGAGCUUUUCGGUAUAUGACUCCCAUCCAGGCGCUUACGGCAGCACCGGCGCCAAACCUUCUUACACAUCAGCCACCGUUCCCGUUCAGCUGUUCUUCGAGAUCACAGGUUUCUGGUGGAAAUCUCUUCAUGAAUGCAGGUGUUGCGGCGUCAAACUUAAGAGACAUGGAAAACUUGUUAGCAGGUCCGAAGAACGUUUGUGAUGGAAGUUCUCCUGCUAUGUUUCUAUCCACCGGGACAACGAUUCUGGAUCAAGCCCGUCAUAGAUCGAGAGGAACGAAUGAAGCUUGCAGCAGCUUUGGGGGCGUUGGUUUUCCUUGUGAGGCUCGGCAUGAUGGAACUUCACCGACUACUACACUCUCAUAUUCUAAUACGGAAGAAAGUACAGAUGAAGCUCAUGGUGUAGGAAGCUCCGGUAGUGCAACUGAGCUUCCUGAUCUCGACAGCUUGCUACUCCCAGCAGAUGCAUUUCACGACCGCGGGUUUGACAGUCUAAUGCCCAGAGGUGUUGAAGACAUCGACCAAUUCUUCGCUCUGCUGCCAAAAGAUAGUAACGAUUACCGAGAAGAAGAUUUGCCAAAGGUGGUUCCAGAAGCAGGCAUUGAAACGCAAGCGAUGGCAGACGAUAUGAACUUGUCUGUUGCGCGGGAUCAUGCGCUUGGUGCAAGCUCAGACUUUGUUUCAAGUAUGCUAUUCUCGUCGUCGCCAUCACCACUACAGAAAGAUGAGCAGCAGCCGACUGGUGUCAAGCGAGCUAGGCCUCAAGAAGAAGGAAAACCACAAUCAAGGGGCAGGCCGCAAAUUCUAGACCGAGUGAAGGAGCUCAGAGGCAUUGUUCCAAACGCAGAAAAGUGUAGCAUCGACGCACUUCUUGAGAAAACCAUCGAUCAUGUUCGCUUCUUACAGGCUGUGUUGCAGCAAAUCGGAAGUUCGAGCAGGCAAGAGGUCGACAACGGCGCAAGCUUGGCCAUGAAAGCUGCCCGGUUCCUGUCAAAGACAUGAGCGCAAUGCUCGUGCCUAGAGAUGAUUUGCGACGAGAAAAAGAAUUUCCUAGUGAUGGCAAAAACACAUAUUCGUGGCUGAGUUCCGUGAUUAUUCACGGGACAGUAGAAAACAUGUCCGUCCUUGAGGCUUCGUCGGCUUCGCUUAUGCGCCUAUUCAGCGAAAUAAAAUUGACACAGAAAACACGAGCUAAGAAGAGUGGCUAACCAUGAUCCGUCAGAUACAAAAAGACUCGUCUUACCGGAGGAGAGGACGUCGGUUGUAGCACGGGAAAAACCACGUCGCUGGAGAGAGCAUUGAAGAUCACUUUCCCCCUUAUAGCCUCUUUUUUCCGGUGCUAUUGGUUGAUUGGUCAAUGAUGCGUGCUUGCAGAAGGUCGUUCUUCGGUGGUGCAAGCAUUGUCUUGAGAGAAAGGAACGUGCCGUACGCCAAACCGCGACUUCUGGCACGUAGUUGUCACUUGCCUGUGGUCAUGAAAUUUUAACGUUUUAAAAGGGAUCCUUGUCCCUCGCAUUCUUA